AUGAGAUUCUUUUAGAAACAGUAAUCCAUCCAUGUUAGCAUCCCUUCUCUCCUCCCUCAAAGAAUCAGCUACUCAAAACAAGUUAUCAGAAGCAUUCUACACUUUUUCUCUCAUCAUACAACAACCCCACCAUGUCUCUUCAUCUCAUUUCUUGUUGCAAUCAUUGGCCUCUCUUCUUGAAUCUUGUUCGCACGUUAACGCAAUUUCACAAGGUAAACAAUUACAUGCCUAUGUGGUUUCUUUCGGGUUUGAAAGAUCCCGUGUUUUGGUUCCAAAAUUGGUCACAUUCUACUCUGCUUCUAAUCUUUUGAAUGAUGCAUAUCUUGUUACUGAAACUUCAAACAUCAUACAUCCUCUGCCGUGGAAUGUGCUUAUUUCUGGUUAUGUUAGAGCUGGGCUAGGAAAAGAGGGUCUGUUUAUGUAUCGAAAAAUGGUGGAGAAAGGGGUUAUACCUGAUAAUUUUACUUAUCCGUCUGUUCUUAAGGCCUGUGGCGAGGAAUUUGAUUUGGGUUUUGGGAGGGAGGUUCAUGACUCGAUUAUGAAAGCGGGAUUGGAAUGGAAUUUGUUCGUGCACAAUGCGUUGGUGUUCAUGUAUGGAAAAUGUGGAGACUUGAAGGUUGCACGCAAGCUGUUCGAUGAAAUGCCUGUGAGAGAUGGCAUUUCUUGGAAUUCCAUAAUCUCCGGGUACGCAUCUAACAGCAUGUGGAGGGAAGCUUUUGAGCUUUUUGAUCGUAUGCAGAACGAAAACGUAGAAGUAAACAUUAUAAUUUGGAACACCAUUGCCUCCGGUUACUUAAAAACAGGUAAUUAUAUGCGAGUUCUUAAGUUGAUUUCUCAAUUAAGAGCCUCUGGUGAUCAAUGGGAUCCAGUGGCUGUGAUUACUGGUUUAAAUGCGUGUUCCCACGUUGGUGCGUUAAAGCUCGGGAAACAAAUUCAUGGUCUGGCUAUUCGAACGUGUUGUCACGCCUACGAUAAUGUGAAAAACGCUUUAAUCACAAUGUAUUCAAGGUGUAAAGAUCUUAACCAUGCUCAUAUCAUAUUCCAUUUGGUCGAAAAUAAGAGCGUGAUCACCUGGAACUCCAUAAUAUCAGGAUACGCACAUUGGGACAACUCCGAGGAAGCCACCUUUCUAUUUCGGGAAAUGUUCUUUUCUGGGAUCGAGCCAAAUUACGUCACAAUAGCAAGCAUACUUCCUCUUUGUGCUCGAGUUGCAAAUCUACAUCACGGUAAAGAGUUCCACUGUUACAUUAUAAAACACGAAGGAUUCAAAGAUUACUUAUUACUAUGGAAUUCUCUUAUCGACAUGUAUGCAAGAUCGGGAAAAAUCUUGAUUGCCAGAAAACUGUUUGAUUCUUUAGCCGAAAAAGAUGAAGUAACCUACACUUCACUCAUAGCAGGUUACGGGAUUCAAGGAAAUGGAAAAACAGCAAUCGAACUAUUCGAAAAGAUGAUUAGAUCCAACAUAAAGCCAGACCAUGUGACCAUGAUCGCGGUUCUGUCAGCUUGUAGUCAUUCGGCUCUUGUUGACCAAGGUCAAACUUUAUUCGAACAGAUGUCUGUAUACAAUCUAGUUCCUAAAUUGGAGCAUUUUUCUUGUAUGGUUGAUCUUUAUGGGAGAGCAGGGUUAUUGGGUAAAGCAGAAGAAAUGAUCCGGAGAAUGCCUUACGAUCCAACGCCUGCAAUGUGGGGGACUGUUGUUGGAGGGUGUCGGAUUUAUGGAAACAAAGAGAUCGGGAAACUGGCGGCCGAGAAACUGUUGGAAAUGCAGCCGAGAAACGCGGGUUAUUAUGUAUUGGUGGCAAAUUUGUAUGCUGAUUGUGGGUGUUGGCAAAAAUUGGCUGAAGUUAGGGUUUUGAUGAGGGAAUUGGGGGUGAAUAAGGUUCCUGGUUGUGCUUGGGUAGAUGUUGGAGGUGGAUUUAGAAAGUUUUUGGCGGGAGAUACUAAGAAUAGUAAGGUGUUUGAGAUAUAUGAGUUGUUGGAUGGAUUGAAUGAACAAUUGAAAGAAGUUGGUUACAUCAUGGCUGAUGAUAAUGGUGAAGUUAUGUACACGGACUUGAGAUUAUGUGAAACCAGUCAUUUUUCAUGA